GUAAGUUAAUAUCAUUGUGCUCAUUUGAUAUACAUAUUGUACAUGUACGUACGUACAUAUGAACAUAAAAUUAAGUGUAGCAGCUGAUAGCUGAGAAUAUACAUUUAAACAAAAGUGCGUGAAUAGUGAAAACAGUAUACGGCCGAUUUCGGCAAAAAGUAAAUUUUUGUACCUAACUAUGUAUAAACUCGAAAUACGUAAUAAAACCGCCAUAUACCUCGAUCAUCGGGAAUUAAUUAAAAAUAUGUAUAAUAAUGAUAUCGCGGUAGGAAUGGAAAUGUUUGAAUUACGUGAAGAAAUCUUCCAUUUUCACGAUCGUGGAAUAGAUUUUGAAGACAGGAAUGCAAUUAAGCGCUCAAAGACUGAAGAAUAUAAACUUGCAGUAAAGGUCAGAAAAAGUAAAAAACGCAAAUCCGAAAACUACACUUCAACUCCAGAAUUGUCUAAUUUACAAAUAAUAAUAGAAGAGUUUUUGCAUCUCAUGGAGCAAGAGAAAAUAUUUAAACCAAUAGAAAACAAUGAAAUUGAGAUUUUUCCACGCCAUUGGGAAGAAAUAUCUUCAGAAGACUUUCCUAAAUUCAAUGGCACCAACGCUACUGACGCGUACCAACGCUGCAAAUUUGGCGUUCACUCUUUUAUCAUACCCCCGCGUUGUAAAUUCUACAAUAACAACGUCGACGAGCUAACUAAAUUGUUACCACAAUUAAUGCCAACAUCCGAAUUUUUCGAUCUAAUAGUUUUAGACCCACCAUGGCGAAAUAAAUAUAUCCGACGAUUAAAACGGGCCAAGCAAGAAUUGGGAUAUAAAAUGCUUAAUACUGUUGAGUUGAGCCAAAUGCCUAUUGAAAGACUAGUACACAAACAAAGCAUAUUGGCUAUAUGGUGUACAAAUUCUCAGGAUCAUCAACGCGCUAUUGUCGAAGAACUCUUGCCAAAAUGGAAUUUACGUGUGCUACAUAUAAUGCAUUGGGUAAAAGUCAACACAAAAGGGCAGUUAAUAGGGCCAAUCGAUACGAGUGGUACGAAAAAGCAACCUUUUGAAAUGAUAUACUUGGCAUGCCAUUUGGAGAAUGGGAAGGACUUUAGUAUUGAGCUACAAAAAGUAACAGCGAUAUUUAGCAUACCAAGCAUUGUGCACUCUCACAAGCCGCCCCUACUGCCGUGGCUUAAGAAUGUGCUACCAGACAAUCCUAAUUGCUUAGAAAUAUUCGCGCGCUAUUUGCAACCAGAAUUCACCUCGAUCGGCUUAGAAGUACUGAAACUAAUGGAUGAAAGAUUAUACAGUUCCUACAAAGAAAAUUUAGCAUAAAAAGAUGUACGAGUAUAUAAAUUUAAGUAUUUUUAUUUUUGAAUGUUAAUGAGAAGUAUAAAUUGCGUAUAUGUAAGCGUACAAUAAAUCAUUUAUACCGCAACUUGAAGAUUAUUUUCUUCCUCUUUAAAGUAAACCUAAACAAAUGUGUAAGUAUGGAUAAAGAGGUAAAGUUGUGUUUAACAAAAACACAAUGAAUUUAAAAAAUAUUUUAAUAUUUUUGAUUUUUUC